AUGUUUGAGGAGCAGGCGACCAAGGUCAAGAUCACGUCUGUGGUGAUUGUGGUGGGCAUGUCGUCGAUGCUGGCGGCGGUGGUGACUGACCACUGGGCCGUGCUGAGCCCACGAGUGGAGAAGUUCAACGCCACCUGCGAGGCAGCCCACUUUGGCCUCUGGAGGCUUUGCAAGAAGAGCAUCUUCAUUGUGGAGGAGGACCCCCAGGGCAAAGGUUGUGGCCCCAUCAGCUUACCCGGAGCGAAAAACUGUUCCUACUUCAAACACUUUACAUCAGGGGAAGAAGCUGAAGUUUUUGAAGUCAAGACCCAGAAAGAGUACAAUAUCUCAGCAGCAGCCAUCGCCAUAUUCAGUCUGUUCUUCAUGAUCCUGGGCACUCUCUGUGUCAUCUUCUCUUUUGGGAAGGGGCGGGACUACCUGCUCCGACCUGCUGGGAUGUUCUUUGCCUUUGCAGGCCUUUGCAUCAUCAUUUCUGUCGAGGUAAUGCGCCAGUCUGUCAAACGUAUGAUUGACAGUGAUGAAACCAUCUGGAUUGAAUACUACUACUCCUGGUCUUUUACCUGCGCCUGCGCCUCCUUCACCCUGCUCAUCCUCAGUGGAGUUGCCCUGCUUCUCAUCUCCAUGCCCCACAUGCCACGUAAUCCCUGGGAGACCUGCAUGGACGCUGAGCCUGACACCUUAGAUUAG